UAUGGUCUGUGUUCCUUCGUGAAUAAAAAGUGGCGUUUUCGUGGUAUUUUCUAUGGGAGACCGGUUCAUUAAUACGAGUGUCGUGAGCGGUACUGAGAAAAUACGUUCGAGCAAAACGAAUACGGUAUACGAAGCGAGAAGGGAGAAGUGUAAAAGUAGCUAGCACGAGAAAAUACAUGAGCUCCCGCUUUCGACGGCCGGCGAACAUAUUUGUCUCCGGCGGCAAAUAUAAUAUUUCGACAAAGUGGUACAAAUAAUCCCGUCGUAAAGGCACGUCUGGCUGUAUGUGAUCAAUUGUGCGUACCGUCGAAAGGGUCGUAACAAUGUCUGAAACAGAAAAAAUAGAGAACUGUGAGAUGGAGAGCGGAAAUACAUCGUCUGCAAGUUUACAACACAAUCCCUUGGAACAUAGCGGACUUAGUAACUAUAACGAAAGUCAAGAUUUUCAUCUGGUGGAUUUCGAUGACGAAAAAUCGUUGGAUAAAUCCACACAGAGUAUGGAACAAUCAAAGUCCGAAGAGACCAAGUUGUCUUCUCAGGUAGCUGAUAAUAUGGAAUCGGUUUCAAAUAUGAUAGAAACUGCAGCAAUGGGGGACGAAGCAAACUGUCCUGACGCGGGAAAUGAUAAAUGUACGAAUUUGGAAAACACCCAGAAUAUAGAAUCGCACGAAGCAACGAAAGAGAAAGAAUCUUGUAACGAUAUUUGUAGCUCGGAAAACAAUAGCAAACGUUCGGAAGAAGAGGAGGAAAUAAUACAGUGUACACCGCCUGAUGCUUAUUCGCCAUCAAAGAAGCAAGUACCAAGUAAUACACCAACAUUGAGCCUGAAACGUAAAGCAGAUUCAUUCGACGAACCACCAAAGAAGAUCUUGAGAACGAUGUCCAGGGAAAAUGUAUCGAUUUUUGAAAACAAAAAUCUCGAGGAAGAAGAAAGGUGUCAGUCGGUCAAAUCUGACGAUUCUCAUCAUGAGUUUAACACAAAUUGCGCUGAUAAAAAUGUCAUAAUUGCGGAAACACAAGAUGUCAUGGAAGAUGAAGACUUAGAAAUUGUACUUGAAAAGUCUGCGAUAGACGAUGAGAAGACUAUGGAUUCUAAAAACCAGUCCGAAUCACAGAUGACGAAUUAUGAAACAAAUAAGAAUGAAAAUUUAAAAGAUACGUUAAAAGUGAACGAUGGUAGUAUAAGCAAAGAACACAACGAGGAUAUUUCUGACGCGAAAAGUGUCACGCAAUCCAGUGACAAUAUAUCUCCAUCUGUUCAAACAAAAGAAACAGACAGUGUGUCUUCUAAAAUAGCAACAGUUGAAAAAAUGGAAUCAGAUACAAAUAAUGCGAGCGCGAGUGGUGUACAAUUGAUCGAAGAUUCUCCUGACUGUGCAAAGGAUACCAACACGAUGCAAGUUGAAAAGGCGGUUGAUAAAGAGAAUGGUAUUGAAUCCACAACAUAUAUCGAUUUAGAAGAGAAAUGUAACGACACUCAAGAAUCAUCGAUUCCUAAGAAAACGACGAACGAAACUCAUUCGAACGCGAACCAUGCUAAUAUCUGUAACUUGAGGAACAGCAUAGAACUUAUAUACGAUAAAACCACCGUUCACGAAGCUAAAACAAAAGCCAAAGAAUUGAUAGAGAUCGAUGAAGACGGGGAAAAGAUCGUGAUAGAUUCCUCUCUAGACGAUUCCGACUUGAAGCCAGAGAAUAAAAAUGUCUUAGAUAAGAUGAAAGCGGAAACAACGUAUAAAAGCUGCUACGAUAGUAAAAGCAGUAGCGAAUUUAGUUAUAAAUCGUUGGAAACCACCAAAGAGUCGUCGCUCGAGUCUGCUAAAUCUAGUAAUAAACUUGUAAAUGGAAGCAACGAAUCCAAAAGGUUCGAUCUCGAUAGUACGGUUAGUGCACAGUCCGAUACGUUUAACGAUUUGCCAAUCGUACUCGACAAGGUAGAUAAUACUUCGAUGGCUGUACAUAAUCUGAACAGACAGAACAAAACUGUUGCGCCUGUCCCCAAAGACAACGAUCAUGCCGAAUUGUUAAGCGUAAGCGACCUCAUAGCGGAUGAUAGAAAUAAAUCAAACUUAACUCAUAGCAGUUCCAUAACGAAACCCUUGUCGGUAGAAAAGGAAAUUGGUAUAUACGUUAAAAUGAAAUGCUUGUUGAGUAUCGAUGAAAGUACAAAGGAAUUUCUCGGUAAAGAAAUCACCGGUGUACAGUGCGAAGCUGUUCCAGAGACCACUCUGAUACGACAGAAGAAUAACGACACGUCGUCAUCGCUGGCGGACAUCUCUGGAAAUGACAAUAAAGAUACAUCCCCCGGGUCGGUGAACAGCAAUCAGCACAUGUACCAGCUGAACCCUUCGAGGCUUUCGUUUGCAUCGACGAUAAGUUCAGCGAGUUCCGCGUCUAGCGCUGCAUCGCUGGCGGUCAAAUUCGCGAUGAAAGACAGUAUGCAUUUCUCUUUGCCACGUGUACCUGUGAAACAUGCGAAAAGGCACGUUCAAGAUAUACACUCGUUGAAUGACAAGCAAGCAAUAGAAGAGGCGCACGAUCGCCUCAGUAAAGAGUGGCAAAACAGCCAUCUACUUACAACGACUGUACUAAAUUUCGUGAACAUGGAGCUCAGCGGAACCGAUACGUACAACGUUAGCAACGAAAGGAUAGACGAGCAAUUGCAAAAGAUCCGUUCCUCUACGCCGGAGGUUCAGCAAGAAAUUGUUCAGUUGCAAACUCCUAAAAGCUCGAAAAAGAGCAGAACCGUAAAAAGGCCGAGGAGCAAAACAAUAAAAUCUGACGACCAAUCGAACGGUUUGAACAAAGUCUCAUCGAAGAUUCUCGUCCCCGCGGAGAGCAAUAAUACACCGAGCAAGAAGAAAACUAAAACGGAGCCUCUGGACAAUAUUUCGAGCACCGUGGACGAUUUAUCGAAAUCGUCGCCGCAAGUAAUAACUGACGACCUGAUUGGCAGAGAAGUGUUUGCCAAAUGGUCCGACAAUAAUUAUUACCCUGGCACGGUUAUCGAUAAGGUCAAGAUGAAGUAUAAGGUGAACUUCUACGACGGUAAAAGUAAAGUACUUAUAGAGGACUUUAUUAUAACAAUACCGAAAGUUAUGAAGCAAGGUUUUUCCGUGUACGCGACGACCAAGAACGAUGAUUACGGUUCGUGCGGUAUAAUUGUCGAUUCGCAAAUUGUAAAUAACGAAGUAUAUUAUACGGUGGAAACGGACGAGGGUGAGAAGAUACGAGUCCAAGUCAAAGACAUAUUUUUGUCGUCCGAUCAGGCCCAAAUAUUGAAAGAAGAGCUGAAUUCGGAAAACAGAAGUCUUCCAUCCACGCCGAAGCUUCUUGGCCAAGUUACCUUGGACAACGUGGUCGACGGUAAGAGACGUUCUCGACGAAUUGCUACCCCCGGUUUUCCAACACCGAAAUCUAGAUCGUUGCUAACGCCUACGGGUAAAAGCGCGUCAGAACCGUCUGUCUCCGGUAUAGCUUCCACGAUUAGUAAAGAAAAGAAAGGAUCGUUCGAGAGCGACGGUAUAUCCACCGACUCGAACGUCUCCAUGAAAGAGGAAAUGUCGUCCAUAGGCGUGCAGCCUGAGAUAAUUGGUACGCCGCACGAGCAGAUCGUGAAAGGGCCACAAAGUCGUAUUAAAAGUAAAUCAAGAAGCAAGAAGAAAGUAGAGGACGAGGAAACUAUUGCUACCUUUGGCCCGAUACCGAGCCCGGAUUCGAACUUGUUUAAAGGCAUGUCCUUUAUUCUAACCUGUACGUCGGUGGAAACUAUCGACCGAUACCAAGCCGACAGCAAAGAUUGCAAUUCGGAUCCGGAAACCGAGAACGAGGAGGAAUGGUCGAAGAAACCGUUCGUCAGGGACAGAUUGAACAUGCAAAUAGUGGUGGGCGGUGGGAAAGUUUAUACAGAUUUCAAUGAUAUUCCGCAAGAUGAGUACAAAAAUACAAAAUUGAUUACGAACGUGCCAAACACAACCGCGAAGUCGUUGUUGUGCCUCUCGGUCGGUAUAACUGCGUACAAUCAUAAUUGGAUCAUAAGGUGCUGUCAAGAGGGAAAAAUUGUAAAUCCUGCAGAGGAUAAACUACCCGCAGGAUGGAGUUUGGACAAAAAAUCAUACGUUGAAAUGUUUCAAAGACCCGACAAGAAACCGUUGAAUCAAGUUGUUGUAAUUAUUCCAGUUAUACAGUCUGAGAAGCAGUUCACUACACUUUGGCGCCAAAUUUGUGAAAAUGCAGGUGCUGUUGUCUUAUUAGCAGAUAAGCCAGAUGCAAUGGAAAGUUUUGUAGAGGGGACGGUAGUUAUUACGAACAGAUCGUGUCCGUCUUGGGCAAUAGCGAAAGCUGACGAACUAGAGAUUCCGUUGCUUUCCACGACAUGGGUUGUUCAGUGUUUGAUAGAAGGGAAAUUAUGUCGAUAUGAUUCACAAUUACGUUAUAAAUAUAAUUAUAUAUAAAAUUAGGU